CCUGGCGCAGCCAUCGAGAUGCGCAGCGGGCGGCUAGAGCGUUGCUGGUCGAGCCGGCUUCCGCUCCGUUAGUCCUCCUUCCCAACAUGGCGCAGUCAGUUAACAUCACCGAGCUGAGCCUGCCGCAGCUAGAAAUGCUCAAGAACCAGCUGGACCAGGAAGUGGAGUUCCUGUCCACGUCCAUUGCCCAGCUCAAGGUGGUACAGACCAAGUAUGUGGAAGCCAAGGACUGUCUGAACGUGCUGAACAAGAACAACGAGGGGAAAGAAUUACUCGUCCCACUGACGAGUUCUAUGUAUGUCCCUGGGAAGCUACAUGAUGUGGAACAUGUACUCAUCGAUGUGGGAACAGGCUACUAUGUAGAAAAGACAGCUGAGGAUGCCAAGGACUUUUUCAAGAGGAAGAUAGACUUCCUUACCAAGCAAAUGGAGAAAAUCCAGCCAGCUCUGCAGGAGAAGCAUGCCAUGAAACAGGCUGUCAUGGAGAUGAUGAGCCAGAAGAUUCAGCAGCUCACAGCCCUGGGGGCACCUCAGGCUACUGCCAAGGCCUGAGAGCUUGUUUCGGAUCUGGGGCAGAGGGACUCUGCCUCAGGAGCUUGGGACUUUGUGGGCGUGGCUUCCUGGGGUCCAGGAAGAGAACGAUCUUGUGUUUGAUGCUAAUAAAUGUGCCAGCUGGGCAGAA